UUUUUCAAUGCAUUUACCAGUCUCUCAUUCUCGUUCAAUGCAUCGCCCUUUUUCUCGUUCAUCGUGGCCCUCUGCUUAUGCACGCGCUGGACACUCGCUGCUUUGACGUCGGGUGAGAUUGCCAACUCUCUCAAUGAGUUAGCACAGCAAGGAUUCGCUGUCAAGGAUCUCGUAUUGGAAAUCAACACCACUUUGGACGGUGGUCCAAUUCCGGAUAUCUACACCGAGAUGGACACGAUUGUGACUGUAGCCCUAGCAAACGUGAAGUUUAUGACGAACACACCGAUCAUUACCAACCAGGCGGAGGAGCAGGUUGUCUAUGAGGGAUACUCAAAUUUCGUACAAUCCCUCCUUGAGCUCACGGAUGCUUUAUCGAGCAGCGCAGCCCAGCUCAAAUCCCUCAAUCAAACAACCAAUAACAAAAUUCCCUCUGAAAUUCGGGUCUUGCAAACUGCCGUUGACGCCUACUUCUACAACAUUAUCGGUCUCUUCCCAGCCAUCAGCUCAUACAACGUCCAGGCCAGCAACCAGAAAGCCCAGGUAGAUGCGCAUUGCUUCCAGGCUAUCUGGGCAUUUGACCUCGAUUAUAGCAAUGGCAAUAAGGCUACUCAUAAAGCGCGCAGCACCAGAUCCCUUCACUCGCGAUGGACGAAGCGCGGUUCUUUGUGA